AUGUCCCAUCGCCUUACCGAGCCUGGCCAACUGCCCAUUCUUGUUGAUUAUAUUGCUGAAAGAACCAAGGUUGCACUACACACAUGUACUCUUGUGUCCGGCGUGGAAGAAACGCGUCUUCCUUCUAUUGACGAUUUCAUAUUGUACGUCGUUGCGCGAUCUUACACCACAGCUCCAGAACUCAUCAUGUGUAUCGUGUAUCUCUCACGGUUCCAGGAACGUUUGCCUCCCACUGGCGUCACAAUGCGACCGUCUACUCCUCAUCGGGUUUUCCUAGCUGCCUUGAUAUUGGCGCACAAGGUUUACAACGACGACAGUGUGAAUAAUACUUGCUGGGCGGAUUGCAGUGCUGUUCCUGAAUGGGGUUUCGCCGGCUUCUCAAUCGUGGAGGUGAAUUUGAUCGAGAGGCGAUUUUUGGCAUUUCUCAACUGGAACGUACACAUCAGUGCCGACUUACGGAGCCGUGCUGGGCUUGCAGUUGUUGUGUCUGCAUCAAUUGGUGGACAAGCUCCGUACAGGGACUAUGGCACUGCUUUGCUUGCCUCACACCGAGCUGUGACGAAGUAG